AUGAAAGUCAUUAGCUAUUCUCGACUUGUACUAAUGUUGGCAGUCCUUGUAGGGGCUGUUGUUCUUCCCUCCAAGGCUCAAGAUAGCCCACAAGACUAUGUCAGUGCUCACAACCAGGCACGAUCAGCCGUAGGGGUAGGACCCAUGCAAUGGGACGAGAGGAUUGCAGGCUUCGCUCGGAGCUACGCGGAGCAACUAAGAGGUGACUGCAGACUCAUACACUCUGGUGGUCCUUACGGGGAGAACUUGGCCGGGAGUAGCGGAGACUUAACUGGCAUCCGCGCCGUGAAUUUGUGGGUUAACGAGAAGGCUAACUACAACUACCCUACGAACACGUGCAACGGAGAGUGCCGUCACUAUACUCAGGUUGUUUGGAGAAACUCGGUGAGACUCGGAUGUGCCAAAGUGAGGUGUAACAAUGGUGGAACCAUCAUCAGCUGCAACUAUGAUCCUCGUGGGAAUUAUGUGAACCAGAAGCCUUACUAA